ACGACUCUGCGGUUAUCGGCUAUUAUCCUAGCCUAGCGGCUCGGUGAAGGGAACUACCCUAGAUUCAGAACAGACUGGAGACGUCAUCAGCAUUUUCCUGUAUUUAAAUGGUUGCGUAUGACGAGGUCAUUGCUUGGAAAAGGAAGAUUAUUCGGAUAAAGAAGACGGUGUAAGCCAAAAGUGAGCUUAAGAUUUACUGGGUGUCCUAAAUGGGGGACUACGGGUUUGGAGUUCUGGUGAAGAACGGCAGUGGCAACAAAUCUGCUUUCCCUGUAAGGAUCCCUCCUCACCUGCAACCCCAGCACUCUCACCACCCUUCCAGCCCCCCCAGCCCCCCUUCCUUUGUAAACAACACCUGCUCUGCCAAUGGGGGCAGUGCUUGGUUGUUCCCUGCUGUAACCCCGCACAGUAACAUGCAAGAUGAGAUUCUGGAGUCAGACAAGUCCAAGGCCUUGGACCUCCAGGAAAUGCAGGAGAAAUCUCAGGUCCAGGCCCAGCCCCAGGCCCUGUCUCCAGGCCAGCAGGAGGCUGGGGGAGGCCUAGGAGAACUUGAGGGAGGUCUACCUGAAGAUGGCUCACUGGAGAAGGGUACUUUGGAGAGCAGCGCUGGGAAGGAGAAGCUGAGGUUGGAGUCACCGGUGCUAAGUGGCUUUGACUACCAGGACAGCCUGGGGAUGGGUACAAGCUGUGCACAAUCCACUUCUUCCUCAUCUUCACUGACCAGUUUCAACAACUGGUCCCCUGCUGUCCCAUCUACCCAGUCUCCCGUGGUCGGGGAAGAUGUCGGAGGCUUCUUUGGACACGCUGGCUCCAAUGCUAAUGGACCACCUCUGCUGUUCCAGAACUUUUCCCACCAUGCUGGCCCUGGCUUUGGAGCAGGAGGUAGUUUCUCCCCACAGAUUGGACCAGUCUCUCAGCACCAGGCUCCCACACCUCAUCCCCAGCCCUACCACCCCCACGGACAGGUGGUUCCACAGCAGCACCGACGCUCCCCAGCUAGCCCUCAUCAACCCCAACCUUCCUUCCCUCCACAUCCCCAUCGCACUGGACCAUUUACGCAGCUGCCCCACCUUGCUCCUGCCCAGAGCAAACCUCCUUCCCCAUGGGGAAGCUAUCAGAGCCCCUCCACUCCCACAUCCAACUCCUGGAGCCCAGGUGGGUAUGGGGGCUGGGGAGGUACACAGGGGAUUCGGGAAUACCGGCGGAGUGUAGGUGGAGGGAUGACGGGCCUAAACUCCAUCUCGCCACUGAAGAAGUCCUUCCCCAACAACCAGGUUCCUUUGCAAAAGUUCCCCAGAAAUAGCUCUGGCAUCAACCACAAGGGCUGGGUGGAGGACGGUAUGAGCCGCAAUGACAAUGUAUAUUCUUUCCAGCAGGAGAGAACACGGUCCUUUGAUCCUUUCAAUGUGCAAUCUCUGGAGAACUCUCUGAUUGACAUUAUGAGGGCUGACCAGGAUUUCUUAAAAGCGAGAAGUUAUGGCAGAAGACGAGGCCAUUCAUCUUUGUUCCCCAUGGAGGAUGAGCGCUCUUUUGGAGAGGAUGAGUCAGGCGACCAGGUGCUUGCUGGCCUUGGUCCAGCCCACUGCUUUCCCCCCCUUAAUGGUGAACGCGUGGAGCGAUAUUCUCGCAAGGUGUUUGUUGGAGGGCUGCCCCCAGACAUAGAUGAAGAUGAAAUCACUGCCAGUUUUCGUCGGUUUGGUCAUCUUUUUGUGGAUUGGCCCCAUAAGGCAGAGAGCAAGUCCUAUUUUCCACCAAAAGGAUACGCAUUCUUGCUGUUUCAAGAUGAGAGCUCCGUUCAGGCCCUGAUUGAUGCCUGCAUUCAGGAGGAUGGCAAGCUUUACCUGUGUGUCUCCAGCCCCACCAUCAAAGACAAACCUGUCCAGAUCCGGCCCUGGAAUCUAAAUGAUAGCGACUUUGUAAUGGAUGGCUCUCAGCCACUGGACCCAAGGAAGACUAUCUUUGUAGGAGGUGUCCCUCGUCCCCUGCGUGCAGUUGAGCUUGCCAUGAUCAUGGACCGUCUGUAUGGGGGAGUGUGUUAUGCUGGGAUCGACACAGACCCUGAACUCAAGUAUCCAAAAGGGGCAGGGCGAGUGGCCUUCUCCAAUCAGCAAAGCUACAUUGCAGCCAUUAGUGCCCGAUUCGUUCAACUGCAGCACGGGGAGAUUGAUAAACGGGUGGAAGUGAAGCCAUACGUCUUGGAUGACCAGCUGUGCGAUGAGUGCCAGGGCACUCGCUGCGGGGGGAAGUUCGCUCCUUUCUUCUGCGCCAACGUGACCUGUCUGCAGUACUACUGCGAGUACUGCUGGGCAGCCAUCCACUCCCGGGCCGGCCGUGAGUUCCACAAGCCGCUAGUGAAGGAGGGAGGGGACCGACCGCGACACAUCUCUUUCCGCUGGAACUGAGGCGAGAGAGCUGGGAGGGACUGAAAGAAAGGGAUAGUUAGGGAAGGGGUAUGGGCUAUGAUAUGAAAAAUGAAUGCACUUUUCUUUUAAGUUUAAAAAAAAAUAAUAAUUUAUUUUUAUUUUUUUAUUUUUAUUUUUAAUUGGGCCCGCAAAAAAUUAAAUGCUAAGAAGAGUGAAAUCCCAUUUAUGUUUUGACUUUCAGUGUGCAUGAGCAUAUGGAUGCAUUAGAUCUGGAUUUCUGUGUGUUUUUUGUUGACUAUACUUUUCUUUUCAUGUUAGCUGGCAAAGCUGCUUACAUUUGUUGUUGAGAGUAACAUAAAAUUUAAGUGAGGUUCAUCACACCUAAAUCAGUAUACUAACUAUGGAAGUUGAGUUUAAGAAGGGUGCAUUUUCUUACUUUUUGCUUGCAGGAUUAGAGAUCAACUGUACCAUUUACCAAAGGCUGAGUGCAAAUGGUUGAGGUGAAUAGUGGAGGAACUGUGUUUCAGAUUGAUGGAUGGAUGGAUUUGAGUUUUUUUUUUUUUGUUUUUGUUUUUUUUUUCUAGCAGCUCAGUGUAUAGCAUCUGGCCACGUCACAAAACAAACAAACAAAAAAAAAAAAAAAUCUCCCCCCUCAGUUUGGUACACGCGUUUAGAUUGUUGGCAUGCGUUUUCAGGUCUUGGUUUAAAAGUCAACACUUUGUAACCAGAAAAGGGCAAACCAAAGAUUGGCCUAAACACAUCAUCUAAAACAGUCAUCGAUCUGAGGGUUAUCAGGAUAAUGUUGCGUGCUCUUGUCGUAUGGCGGAGGAAAGGCUGGAGUUUUGGUUUGUGAGUUUCAGCUAACAAAGACACAGCCCUCAGGGCUCAGGUAUUGGCAGUAGUAUUUACUCACUUUAUAUUGUCAGGGAUCUUAGCACUGGAAGCUAACAUGCUAAUGUAGUACAAACUAAUGGGAAUGCACAGUCCAGUCUCCCUGAGUUGUCCUCAUGGUGUACCACUGCACGCUCUACCAUGACUGGAGCUUCUCUCACAAGUGUUGUGGUUGGAUAUGGUAGUAGCUAGAAUUUGCUGUCACAGAGAUAAAGAUAUUAUUUUAUACAUGGCCUGCUGAUUUUUGUACAGUGUUUUAUAGCUGAUUAUUUUGUCAUGAACAUAUAUACAUUUAUUAUGCACUACUUUUCUAAAUAUUUUUUUCAAUAGUCAUUUUAGGCACAUUUUUCACAGAUGGGAGAACUCCUUUUGCAAUACCUCAUUUUUUUCACUUGGUGAAAAAUAAUUUUGUACCUUUGUUACUAAGAGAUCUGCAUUUAUGGUAAACUUAAUUUAAAAAAAAGAAUGAUAUUAAUAUAAUUUUCAAUUAGCUUUUAUAUAUUUAAGUGCUGGUAAAUCUGAAAAUUGUCUGGUGCAUUGGUGUGAUUCUGUAGAUUUAAAAAAAAAAAAAAAAAAAAAAAAUGAAAAAAAUAAUAAAAAAUAAAGCUAUUAUUAGCCAGUCAUAUAUGGAUUCUUCUGUCCUAAAAAACAAAACAGAACAACCCAUCAUUACAGGAUCCUAAGGCAUGGCGAGACCUUUCUAAACUGAUCUUUUUUGAUAGUCUUGAAAAUGCUUAUAAUCUGAUAUUUUGCUCCUAGGUGUAGUCACUAAGAUUAUCAAUAGGGUAAAUGUUCUGGCUUUGGUCAAUGUGAAAUCUUCCCUUCUAUCACCGGAGUGAAUAUCAAAUGUUUGAAUAUUUAGAUCCUCUUUCUGGGACUGCCUGUAAGUUCUACCUAUUCUUGGCAUGCAUAAGAAAUAACAUGACUAGUGAUAAUGCAGGACCUAAUGUAAUGCACUAGAUCUCCUUUUUUUUGGUUGUUUUUAACUUUUUUUUUUCCUUAUUUCUCUUUGAGAUUGCCUCUCUUGUAGCCUCUCUUUACAUGAUGGAUUCUGCCUUCCUUUACACAGACGUGAUGUUUAUGCAAUCUACACAGUGAAAACACUUUGGGUCUGUUUUUUGUAACAUAGAGGACACUCAGUAGGACGUAGGUGAGGAGACUUGAUCACUUUGACCCCCUUUGUGAUGUGGCAUGCUUUGGGACAUAACCUGAAUGUGAUUUAAUGUUGCAAGAUAACUUUGAGCCAUUAUGUGCAAUACUUAUUCUUUCCAGAAACAGUUCUCCGCAGUGUAAAUCAUUCAGUCCAUAUAAACCAUGCAGUCAUACACACAUACACACCUUUUGUUUCCUAUUGUUCAUGCUGAUGUCUGCAAAAGAAAAAUAAUUUAUACCUGAAUUUAUUUUUAAACAUUAGUUUUGUGCUUAUUAACAUAUUUUGCUACAACCAUGCUACUGUGAUUUGAAAACAUUGUAUAUACUAGGUCGAUAAUGUAUUUAGCAUUUGCUCUAUUUUCAAUUGAAAUGUAUA